AUGGCGGGAACGGUGUUGCGGCAGAGACAGCCAGGACCUGACAUCCUGCCAGGUGUUGGACAAGCAAAUUUAAUCGGCCACGGCACGAUGCAACAGCAGGGUGGCUUGAACCCGCCGACGGUAAGGGCAGGUGCCGGUGCGCAGCCAUUCUCUGCUCAGAGCACUCUAGCCAACCGUCCCACAGGGACCUCAACCCCGUCUCAGAUGUCGCCAGACAUGGCAAAAAAUAAAUGCAAGAACUUUCUCUCCACCUUGAUUCGCCUCGCGAGCGCUCAGCCCGGGCACACUGCCACCAAUGUUAGAUGUCUCAUUCAGGGUCUUAUCGAUGGAACUAUUCAACCGGAAUAUUUCACGAAGCAGUUGGAGAAGGAGCUGAACUCUUCCCCACAACCAUGUCUCGUUCCUUUCCUUAGGAACAGUCUGCCACAUCUGAGGCACUCGCUACUCACGAAAGAGUCGUCUAUCGAAGGAGUGCGCCCGCCAAGAACUGCCGUCCCAAUGCUACCGGCGAUGAUGCCAGCUCAAAGCCUACAAAAAGUUCCCAAUUCUCUGUCAAUUUUUCCUAGUUCGGCGACACGCAUGCAAGUUUUGACUCCCAGAUCGCUCGCCAUGCAGCUUAAAAAUCCUUCGAGACUUCAGGCUGUGUUUCCACAACAGCAGAGACUAGUUGCGGCGUGUUCAGCAUCCACUGCGAGUGCGGCAGCUGCGGGAAACAGCCUUCUACUAUCGAAAUCGACCGGACUCGCAUCACUCUCGAGUGGGAUUCUGCCAUUCAAAGGGAUGCCACCAGUGGUUAGAGAUCCCACCGCGAUCCUAAAAGAAAAACGAGCCUCCGUGUCGCAAAAGAUUGACGAUGACAUAAUUGACGUUGCGGCGAUGGGAGGUGUCAAUCUAAUUGAGGAAACUCGUAACAUUUUGUCGUCACACGCCGUAGGCACUGAAGUGCGCUCGUGCCAGGAGUACAAUUUCCUUUUCACGAAGCCGCUUCGAAGACGGAUAGCAGACAUCGCUGCGAAGUACGGUAUCAGCGAGAUUCCAGACGACGUUCUGGCCCUCAUGUCGCAGGCUACUCAAGAACGCCUCCGGUCACUCUUGGAGAAACUCAUCGUCAUCGUUGAGCACCGGCAAGAAAACGACAGAGUCGACGAUCGCUACGAUGUCACGCAAGACGUGAGGGGACAACUGAGGUUCUUGGAGGAAAUAGACAAGGUUGCGAAGAGACGACGCAGUGAACAGGAGCGAGAGAAUCUGGUUCGCGCGGCAAGGAGUAGCAGCGUGAUGGAAGACCCCGAGCAACUGAAGCUCAAGCACAAGGCGGAAGAAUUGCACGAAGCGGACGCGAAAAAGAUGCGUCAAGGAGAAGCCAACAUCACCGCGUCGUUAGCAGUCGGAUCACGAGAACAACAAAGCGGCGAGAGCUCGGCAAUCACGUGCUCAAGCGCAAGUUCCAUGGUUCCGGCGCGUCCGCGGUUGAAGAGGGCCAAUGUCAGAGACGUUCUUUUCCUCCUGGAGCAAGAGCACGGCAGUCGCCGGAGCGAGCUUUUGUACAAGGCGUACUUGAAAUAG